GAGGCGGCGGCGGCGGCGGUGGCGACAUGAGCAGCGGGGCGGCGUCCGGGACUGGGUGGGGGCGGCCCCGGGGCGGGGGGCCGGGGCCCUGGGACCCCCCACCCAGCGAGACACACAAGCUGGUGGUCGUGGGCGGCGGCGGCGUGGGCAAGAGCGCGCUGACCAUCCAGUUCAUCCAGUCCUACUUCGUGUCCGACUACGACCCCACCAUCGAGGACUCCUACACGAAGAUCUGCUCUGUGGAUGGCAUCCCCGCCCGGCUAGACAUCCUGGACACGGCGGGCCAGGAGGAGUUCGGCGCCAUGCGGGAGCAGUACAUGCGCGCCGGCCACGGCUUCCUGUUGGUGUUUGCAAUUAACGACCGGCAGAGUUUCAACGAGGUGAGCAAGCUCUUCACGCAGAUCCUGCGCGUCAAGGACCGCGACGACUUUCCCGUCGUAUUGGUCGGGAACAAGGCCGAUCUGGACGCCCAGCGUCAGGUGUCCCGAUCUGAGGCCACCUCCUUCAGUGCCUCCCACCAUGUGGCCUACUUCGAGGCCUCGGCCAAACUGCGCCUCAACGUGGAUCAGGCCUUUGAGCAGCUGGUGCGGGCUAUCCGACAGUUCCAGGAGCAAGAGCUUCCACCCAGCCCUCCCAGCGCCCCCAGGAAGAAGAGUGGAGGCUGCCCCUGUGUCCUCCUGUAACCCAGGGCCGAGGAGCCACCAGCACAAACCCUCGGGACCAGCUGCCCCAGCUCAGCCUCAGUUUCUCCAUCGGGGCCUCCCAGAGCACACUACACCCCCUGCCCUUCCUUCCCAGCUUCCUCCAGGCAACUGCCACUGUGUGCCUUCUUCCAACGCCUCUCAGGCCCCCACCCCCAGCCCCCCCAAGGUGGGAGUGACGGGAUCCCGGGUCACUGCUGUAUAUAAUCCCCACCCCAGAGAAAUAAACUUA